AUGGGAAAGCUAGAGACAUGCAUCAAUAAUGAUGAGAAAAAAUGGAAGAAAAAGGACACAUUAAUUUUGAAUAUUUUUCAUAAUGCAAAAAAUUUAUUUCCAAAAAAUAAUCUUCAGUACACAUAUAUAAAUACAUUUUUGUUAUGUCUGUAUUUUACAUUUUUACAUAAAUACCUGGAUCAGACCCUACCAUCCUUAUACAAGUCUAUUGAAAAUGAUUUUAACAUCAAUGUAAAAACUUUGUAUUAUAUGAACACCAUAUACAAGUUGGCAUAUUCUGGUUUCAACUUCUUUUUUGCCUUAUUUUUUGAUUAUACAUUUAAGAAAAUCAUUUUGGAAAAAUAUGAGAAAGUGGAUAAGAGAGUGAGAAGUGCAAACUGUAAUAGGGACAAUAAAAGGGAUAACAUCGAUAAUAAAAAUUGUGAUAAAAGGAACCAGAGAAACAAUCAGAAUAGAAACAGCAGUGGAAAUGACACUCAUUACAAAAUACUCUUCAAGGGGGAAUCGGAGCAUCAGGAAAAGGGAUCCAAGCAGAUGGAUCAAAAUUGUACACGAGAGAGUAUGGAAAAGUCAGAGGUGUCAAACAGCAGGACAAAUAACAGCUAUGCAAAGACAGUGGAAGAUGAAAAAACAUGGAAUAAUAAAAUAGAAGAAGAAAAUUCUACAUAUACUAAUGAUGAAGUGAUUUGGGGCGAGUACAGAUACACUUUGAAAAUAUUAGUUGUUUCAUCCAUCAUAUAUGUAGUAGUUAUAUUUGGAAUCAUGGCAUCGAAUAAUUUUAUUAAUUUUUUUUUUUUUAUGUUUAUAAUGGGAAUUAACAAUUCAUGCAUAUACAUCCUGAUACAAAAAAUAUAUACCAAUAAAGUAUUUAGUGAUAACAGAAGUACAAUUUUUGGCUUCCUACAUUUUUUCUCAUCAAUUUCGCAUAUGUUAUCUAUAUCUAUAAACACAAAUUUGAGUAAUAAAAUUUAUUUUGGGAUUAAUGGUUGGAGAAUUUGUUAUUUUGUAAUUUCUUUUUUUCCAAUUAUUGUUUCUAUAUUUUUAUUGAAAUUAAUCAAGCAUAGUAAAUUCAAAGAAAAUGGGAAUAAAAAAAGUAACCUUAGUUACUUAGUAUCUUUUGACAAUGUGACUGAAACAUCCAACGAGAGUGACAAGGAAAAUUAUUGUAAAAGAGAAAGUUAUAAAUUAACAAAAUUCAGCAUUUCAGGUAGGGGAAAAAAAAAAAAAAAAGAGGAGGAAAUUUUGUUUUUUAACUCUGAGAAUAAUAAUUAUUCUCAAAAUGAGAGUUAUAAUGAACCUAAUGAAAAGGCGGAUCAUCUACCCUUUGAAAUGAAGAAGAGUUGUGACAGAAAUAAUAUUUUAAACAGAGAACUUGGAAAUGCAUCUAAAAUGAGAGAUAAAAAUUCAUAUUUAAGUAAUACGGGUAUAUCAGGAUUAGGGAAAGAAACAAGCAUAAAUGAUGAUUUUAACAUCUCAUGUAUAAUCUCGAAUGAUGAUAGGAUAAACAGCAACCUUGUUAAGAGAUCUUUCAAGCACAGUACUUCGAAAAAGACCAAUUCUGAGCAAGGAGAAGAUGCAAAUUUAAGUACCACCAUGAGUAACAGUGAAAUGAGUAAAGAGAAUUAUGACAAUCAUGAAAAUUGUGUCAAUGGGGUUAACAAUCACAAAGACUUGUUGAAUAAUUCACUGAAUGAUAGAACGUACCAAAGCUGGGGGGAGGUAAGAAACUCCACUUCUAUUUUUUCAAAACGUAAAGAUGAAAAGGAAAAACAGGAAGAGCAGGAUGAACUGGUUAAUUUGUUGGAGGGAGAUGAAAAAGAAAAAGAAAAAAAAUUAAAAUAUGAAUUUUCAUACUUGUACGAAAUAAAAUAUGUUUUUAAAAAUUAUAGCUUUUGGUUAAUGAUAACAAUGGGCAUGUUGAAUGGGAUACCCAAACAUGUUCUGAGCUUAAUGAUAUAUUUUUUUCAGUACUGCAACAUUUCUGAUUUUAAAAGUGGCCUCAUCAUGUCAUUAAGUUGGUUAUGUGCAAGUUUGAUAUCACCCUUUAUUGGAAUUAUAAGUGAUUAUAUUUAUAAAUUAAACAAAGACAUAAAUCGCCAACUGAUAGGUAUGUGUACUCAUUGUUUAAGAAUAAUAUUAAUGUUCAUAAUGUUUUUUUUUAUACCCAAGGAAGCUGAAUCUUUUAUCUAUUUUGUAAUAAUUUCCCUAUUUAUGGGAGUAUUAAGCGGUUGGAUAAAUAUAGGUACACACAAACCAAUCAUAAUUGAUAUAGUAAAACAGAAACACACAGCUUUUGUCAUGGCUUUAAUGAGUGCAUUCGAGAACAUUGGGUCUUCAAUAAUUGGCACGUUUUUUCUUUCAUUCUUGUUAAAUCGAUAUAAUUAUAUCGAUAAAAGGAAGAUGAGUAACAUUGACCUGAAUAUUAACAAGCAUAAUGUUAAAGUUUUAUCAGACGUUUUAUUAAUCCUGACUUGUUUACCUUGGCUAAUAUCCCUAUGUCUUUUAUAUGUGCUUAAAUUUACCUAUAAAAAGGAUAAAUUAUAUAAUAAUAUGUUUUAA